AUGGUCCUCCUCCCUCAGACGAUGCGCUCUCUCGUCGCGCCGAAGCACGGCAGCCCUGUCGGCUGGGAAGUAGCUGAAGUGCCGGUGCCGACCAUUACCAGCCCCACGGACGUGAUAAUUCGAGUAAAGGCUGGAGCUGUCAUGAAGGGCGACUGCCAGAGAUCUCAGGGUUCUCCGAUCGUUGCGCUACGCAAAGAAAGUUUUCCCAUCAAGAUUGGCUGCGAGGGCUCCGGGAUCGUCGUAGCUAUCGGCGCGGACGUAAAAACCCUCAAAGUAGGCGACGCAGUCUACGGGCUGUGCUUCACGCGGCCAGCCUUCAGCAUCCCCGACCCAGGCUUCUGCUCCGAGUACGCCGUUGGGCCGGAGAGACUUUUCCUGCCCAAGCCGCCGCAUAUGAGCUUCGAAGAGGCUGCAUCUCUUUUGGGAUACACCGUCACGGCGUACCAGACCAUUAGACGCGGACUCGCCAUCGCAGGACGGGAAUCGCUGGAAGGCAAGACCGUGUUCAUCCCCGGAGCCCUGAGCGGUGGAGGCUUCAGCGCGAUCCAAGUUGCCAAAAACGUCUUUGGCGCCAGGAAGAUUAUUUCCACGGUUUCGACUCCUAAGAUGAGCCUCGUUGAGCAGCAUCUUCCGGGGAUGGUUGAUGAACUGAUUGAUUACACCGCUACGCACGUCGGCUCUGUGAUACCCAAAGGAAGCGUGGACUUCAUGUUCAACACGCAGUGGAAUACUAUGGGUCCCGGAAUACCUCUUCUCAACCACAAGACGGGCAUACUCAUGUCUAUCGCAUCUAUUCCCCCGCCAACAUUGACAAAAGAGCUCCUUGGGCCAGCACUGGUUCCCUUCUGGGUUGUCUGGGUGUUAAACUUGGCCCAACUUUGGUACACGUUCUUGUUACGCGGCACCAAUAUCAAGCAUGAAUUCGUGUCUGGCAAUCCCGAGGACAGAGAGGACUUGGAGAAGGCUGGGGAGCUUAUCGCUACUGGCAAGGUCAAGGGCGUCUUUCGAGUAGUGAACCUGGCGGACUUGAAAUCGGUGAAGGAAGAGUGUGAGAAGUUUGAGAGGUUCAUCACACGACUUUCCGCAAUCGCAUUCAUGUCAAAAGACCAAUCCCUCCGCCUCCCAGAUGGCCGCACCCUCAGCUACACCACAUUCGGCAUCACCCCACAACCGAACCAACCAACAAUCUUCCACUUCCAUGGCCUCCCAGGCUCACACCACGAAGGCCAACCCGUCCAUGAAGAAGCCACCAGGCGCAAUAUCUGCGUCGUCGCCGUAACACGUCCGGGCUACGGCGGCUCAACUUUCCAACCCAACCGCACAAUCCUCUCAUUCCCACAAGAUGUCCUUCACCUAGCAGACCACCUCAAAAUCCAGCGCUUCGCCGUACUAGGAAUCUCCGGCGGUGCUCCGUACGCUCUUGCAUGCAUUUGCUCGAUCCCAGCACCACGGCUCGCCGGUGUGGCAAUCGUCUCCGGGAUGUUUCCAUCGGAGCUGGGUCUGGGCGGCAUGAUGCUCAUGAACCGCCUGCUCUUCAACAUCGCGCCGUGGUCACCGGGUCUCAUUGAGAGCAUCGCCGACUGGGAAGUGGGGAAUCUCGCUCGAGAUGUUGAACGCCCGGAAAGGCUCGCCCGAGCGACGGCUGAUGCCUUCAAGAGUCGUCCGGUUGAGGAUCGGGAAGCGCUGUACGCCGAUGAUGGCAAGAUCUUGCGGGUGUUGGAGCAGAGUACACGCGAGGCAUUUCGUGAGAGUAGUCGUGGAUUUGCGUGGGAAGCGAAACUAUUCGGGAGUCCUUGGGGGUUCGAGUUGAAGGAUUUGGUUGUACAGGAAGGGAAGUUGGUUAUUUGGCAUGCGGGCAAGGAUGUCAACGUCCCAUUGCGGAUGGCACAGGAGGCAGCGGGGAUGAUUCGAGGUGCGGAACUCAGAGUCGUUCAAGAAGAGGCGCACAUCAGUUUGAUUUCACGUCGAACUGGUGAGGUAGCCGACACGCUCGCAGAGUUUCAUCUAAACUGUUCAAAGUUGUCUCCAAUUGCGCUUGUCCUUGCCCGACAUCUCAAAACAGAGCACCAGCAAUUGACAUCGAAGAUGACCAACUCUUCACCCAGCCCGGUGGCGGCGAAUGAUAGGUCACAAACAGCAUCGCCUAAUCGUGAACAGGCCCUGACCUCGGCCAACGAAGCUGCUACUCUAGAGGUCGAUGAUACAGCUAGCCUAGAGAUGGACCGACUGGACUUUCAUCACACCUACAUGGUGAAGAUCCUUGGCAGGAAGCUAUUCUUGGCUCCAAUUCCAUCCGAGACCACCCAUAGGAUUCUUGACAUUGGCACCGGUACUGGCAUUUAUGAGUAUGAAGGGGCCAUCGAGGUGGCAGACGUCUUUCCGAACGCAGAGAUUUUAGGAAACGAUUUGAGCGCAAUUCAGCCAUCUUGGGUUCCGCCGAACGUCAAGUUUGAAAUUGACGACGUUGAAAGCUCCUGGGUAAACGAGCAGAAAUUCGACUUCAUCUUUUGUCGAUACAUGGCCGGUUCUAUUGUCGAUUGGCCCAAGCUCAUGAAACAAAUCUACGCAAAUCUCAAGCCUGGAGGCUGGGUCGAGUUUCAAGACUACGACAUCAAUUAUGUCUCGGAGGACGGAACACUGACUGAAGAGCACCACACUGACCGGUGGAGUAAACUCUUGAUCGAGGCCUGCAGAAAGAUUGGCCGUGAUCCCUGCAUCGGACCGUUGCUCGAAGGCUGGGUUAAGGAAACAGGAUUCGUCGAUGUCGUCCAUCAGAAGUUCAAGAUGCCCAUCGGACCAUGGGCCAAAGAUCCUCACUACAAAGAAAUUGGCAUGAUGAACCUCAUUCAGUUAAUGGAUGGCUUGGAAGCAUUCAGUCUGAGGACCUUCUGUGGCGUCCAUGGAUGGACCAGAGAGGAAGUCUUGGUACUGCUGGCCGAGGUGCGCAAUGAGCUGAAGGCUGGGAGCUUCCAUGCCCAUACUGCGAUCCACGUGGUUUAUGCACAAAAGCCAGAUGAAGAGGAGGUGGAGGAGACCUCUUGA